AUAACUAGUUCUUUUUUAUGUUUGGCCUUUAUAGAAAAUUCGGUGGUCGAUGUCGAUCAUUAUAUUUACUUUCAAUACUAACUUAUUUUUAAGCAUACAAUUUUUAUUUGUGUUAAUUACUUGUGCGUUAAACUGAACCAAUUCAUUUAUCAUACAACUUAGAAUGUCUGAACUUCAGUCAUCUUUACUGUUAAAAAAACAAUUGGCAGAACUAAACAAGAAUCCAGUGGAAGGAUUCUCCGCUGGUUUAAUUGAUGAGAAUGAUAUAUUUCGCUGGGAAGUUUUAAUAAUUGGACCGCCAGAUACACUGUACUAAACUAAGUACCUUCCUUUAAACGUGUACUUACUAAAAGACGAUCAUGAGUUCACCACCUUUGUUGGCCAAGGCCGCCUGUCAGGACCGUCUUCAGGAAUGUUUUUCAAUCGGUUAAUUAUAACCUACUGUUCACCAAGCGAAGGAGGAUUCUUUAAAGCUCAUCUUUACUUUCCUAAAGAAUAUCCGUUGCGUCCUCCUCGAAUGAAGUUUGUUACAGAAAUUUGGCACCCAAAUAUUGAGAAGAAUGGAGAUGUCUGUAUUUCUAUUUUACAUGAGCCUGGAGACGAUAAAUGGGGCUACGAAAAAGCAUCGGAGCGCUGGUUACCCGUGCAUACAGUGGAGACUAUCUUGAUAUCUGUAAUAUCAAUGCUGGCCGAUCCGAACGAUGAGUCUCCAGCAAACGUAGAUGCUGCCAAGGAAUGGCGAGAAUCCUAUACCGACUUUAAACGCAAAGUUGCUCGCUGCGUCAGAAAAAGUCAGGAGGAGUGCUCGUGAAGCGGCCCGCCCUAUAUUUGUAUAUUUAUAUUAAACAUUUUAUACAUUAAAAGGAUUAACUUAAAUAUGU